GCAGGGAAUCGGUCAAUGGCGCUGGUUCCCUGAAGCUAGGGCCUCGGGAAGAGGGGCGCGCGCCGCCGCUGCAGCCCCCAGGGGCGGCGGCGCGGCCGACAUGGCUUGCUGUCACAAAGUGAUGCUGCUUCUCGACACGGCGGGUGGCGCCGUUCUCCAGACCCCGGCCCGUCGGGCCGCCCUGCGCCUGCUCACCUACCUGGGGUGCCGGUUCGGCCUGGCGAGGGUCCACUGGGCCUUCAAGUUCUUCGACUCCCGGGGUGCGCGAGGCCGGGCCUCCCGCGCGUCCGACUUCCGCGAGCUGGGGCCGCGAUCGUGGGAGGACUUCGAGGCGGAGCUGGAGGCCCGGCUCGGGGGUCCCGCGCCCGGCGCCGCGCUGCCCGACCCUGCGCCCCGGGCCAGCCACACGCACGGCGCGCUGAUGGAGACGCUGCUGGACUACCAGUGGGACCGGCCCGAGAUCGCGUCGCCCGCGAAGCCGAUCCUGCGCAGCCGCGGCCGCAGACUGCUGGACGCCGAGAGCGAGGCCAGGGAGACCGAGGCCGCGCUCGGGGGUCUGGCGAACGCCGUGUUCCUGCUGGCGCCCUGCCCGCACUCGCAGAGGGAGUUGGCGCGGUUCGUGUCGGGCUGCGAGGCCCAGCGCCCACCGCCCACGCCCCAGCAGGUGAUGGAGAAGCUGCUGCCCCGGACGGUCCGGGAGGUCAUGGUCGCCCGCAAAAUCACCCUCUACUGGGUGGACAUCACCGCGCGGCCCAAGUUGUGGGAGUCCCCAGACCAUGUUGGGUACUGGACAAUUUGUGAACUGCUCCACCAUGGAGGAGGCACUGUCUUGCCGCCUGAAACUUUCAGCUGGGGUCUCACGAAAGCUGGGGAGACAAUGCUUGAGGGUGAAGCAAAGAUGUCAAGUGAGCCUCACCUUUCUCCGUGGAUUUCAGCUCUGCCCACUGAUGCCACUUUAAACUAUUUGCUCUAUAAUUCUGCUGUGUAUGAAGCUUCAUUUCCACGGACGGAAGGAGCGUUAUUUCUCCCUGUUAAAGGCAAAGAGAUUCAAGAAACAUGGACAGUCACCCUAGAGCCCUUGGCCAUGUAUCAGAGACAUUUUCAGAACCCAGUCAGAAUCUUUCUGAAAGGCUCAGUGGCCCAGUGGUCUCUCCCGAUGAGUGGCACUUUGGGCACCGACAGCUGGAUGCUACAAAGUCCAGAGGAGAACAGAUUGACUCAAGGGCUGUUAUUUCAGCAGCUGGUGAGCAGUCUGAUGGCUGAAGAGCUGCAUCUGGUUGCCAGUGUGGACCCGGGUGAAGGGUGGCCCCCUGUCACUGGAAUCCUUUCCCCGCUCUCUGCCAGUGCUCUGAUUCUCACUGUGUUCCACGCCAAAGAGGCUGAAUUCCAAGGACAUUAUCUCCAGACAGUCGUGGCUGAAGGCCCUCAGGAUACAGUGUCCCUUUUCUCAGAUGUUACAGAUGGUGUACUGAAUCAGAUUCAUCGUUUAUUUGAAGAUGCUGCUGCUUCUGCUCCCCCAGUUCCGGAGUGGGCUCAGCAGGAGCUCAGCUGCACAAAGCCCUGGAGCCCAGCUGUCCUGGAGAAGUGGUUUACUUUCUCUAACAUCAGUGGUGCCAGCUCAAAUCUGAUGGAGUCAUUUUGGUUACUACAGGCUGCCUCAGCUAAUAAGGAACAGUCUUCCAAAACUGAAAGUGAAUUAACACAUCGCCUGUCCGAGCUCUACAAGAGAAAAUCUCGGAAAGAAUCUACUGUAGCUAACCAAGAAGAUACCAAAAAGAAACGAGGCAUCCCUCGCACUCCAGUGAGGCAGAAGAUGAAUACCAUGUGUCGUUCCCUAAAGAUGUUGAAUGUUGCAAGGCUGAAUGUAAAGGCUCAGAAGUUACACCCAGAUGGCAGCCCAGACGCAGCUGGGGAGAAGGCGAUCCAGAAGACAGUCGGUGGAAGAACAGCAGAUAAACUGGAGGACAGAGGAAGAGCAUUAAAAAGUUCUAAACCAAAAGAUUUUAAAACUGAGGAGGAGCUGCUCUCCUACAUACAUGAAAAUUACCAAAAGACUGUGGCCACAGCGGAAAUCCCGUUACAUUCAUGUGCUCGGAACAUGAUCUCAACUAUUAAAGUGUUCCUAAAGUCAAAGGGCACCAAGGAAGUGGAAGUGAACUGCCUGAAUCAUAUAAAAAGUGGCCUCUUAAAAACUAGCAAAAGUCUCCGACAGAAUCUAGGAAAAAAACUGGAUAAGGAAGAUGCAGUGAGAGAGUGCCAGCUUCAGGUGUUUCUUCAUCUGGAGAUGUGUCUGCAGUGCCCUUCCAUACUAGAAAACCCAGAUGAGAUGGAGCAAGUAGUGGACGAGAUCACAGCUUUGCUGCGCAUAGUGUGUCGAACUGAGGAUUCGGCAUACGUACCACAUUUUCUGGAAGAGAUUUUGAAAUUGUACACUGACUCCAUCCCAGAGACACUGGGGAAGCUUUACAACAGCCUUGGGCUCGAGAUUCCUCCGAAGCUGGCUGGCGUCCUUCCUCCAGACUUUUUCAGUGAUGACUCCAUGACACAAGAGAGUAAAUCCCCACUUUCUGUGCCUCUUCCGUCAAGUGCUCAUAGAUCAAUGUCAGGCAGCACCGAAGCUGACCAGCUGGAGGAGCUCCGAACCAAAUCAGCCAAGAAGAGGAAAAAUGCAUUAGUAAGACAUAAAAGCCUUGCAGAGGUUUCACAGAAUCUUCGACAAAUUGAAAUUCCCCAAGUAUCCAAGAGAACUACAAAAAGCGAGAGCCUUCACCCUGCCCCUCAGCAGCCUGCACUCCCAGCGAAAGGUACAGCACAAGAAGUGACCAAAGUUCGAAGAAAUCUCUUCAACCAGGAAAUGAUUUCUCCUUCAAAGAGAUCGCUGAAGCGGGGCCUGCCUAGAAGUCAUUCUGUGUCUGCCUUGGAAGAUCUGGACCGGAAAUGUGACAACAUCAAGAAGACCAAAAGUACUACAUUUCGGGGUUAUCACAAGCUGCUGACUAAAAGUGUGGCUGAGACUCCAGUCCAUAAGCAGAUCUCCAGGAGGCUCCUUCACAGACAAAUCAAGGGCAGGUCCUCUGAUCCUGGUCCUGACAUCAGUGUGGUUGAAGAGUCCCCUGAGAAAGGAGAAGGUGAAAUAAGUUUGAGACGAAGUCCUCGAAUCAAGCAGUUAUCAUUUAGCAGAACAAACUCUGGUUCCUUCUAUUCUGUGUCUCAGCCAAAGUCUCGAAGCGUGCAGAGAGUCCAUUCAUUCCAGCAAAACAAGUCAGAUCAAAGAGAAAAUUCUCCAAUCCAAAGUAUUCGGUCUCCCAGGAGCCUUCUUUUUGGGACAGUGCCUGAGAUGGUCAGCCCCUCAGAGAAGGGUUCGGCCCGAAUCAAAAGACUGUCAAGAAGCAAGCUGAGCUCUGAGACACCUGCAGCUUACCAGACUCCUAAGAAGAGUUACCAGAAAUCUCCGACCUUUCCUAAGACAAUACCAAGAGGGUUCCCAAGAACACCGCAGAUUCCGCCACACACUCCAGAAGGGCCACUGCACCCCGCUGCAGAGGUGCCCCCCGCAGAGCCCGCCCUGGCCGAGAAGGCCCUACAGGACCCCUCGUCCCCUAGCUGCUGCUCACCCUCGGCAUCAAGAGCCACACCACAGGAAGGACCCUCCCCAGCAGAGGGGGCCUCUGCUCUUGCCACAGGGACCCCAAGAACGCCCACCAGACCGGGUGCUCAGCCACCUGGCUUCAUGCUAAACUCUGCAUGGCCACAUCUAGUGAAUUCCAGUCCAGAAAACCCCUCCCGUCCGGCAUCCCCCACUCCCUCAGCUGCCCAGCCCUGGAGUAAGUGUGUGACCCCCGUCAGGCACUGCCUCAGGACACCGCCGAGGGCAGCAGCCCUCCUGGGCCCACCUCAGGGUCAAAAGUACCAGCAGCUCCUCCUCCCUGAAGUCUCUCAGGCAGAAGAACCAGCACAGAUACUGAAAGAUAAAGCUGUGCAAACCCCCGAGAGACCUGGGGACAUAACUGUGACUUCCUCCCCACUGCGUCCUCCAGAGAAGUGGGGUGUUUCCAAGAGCCCACUUAGGAGGCCUUCGACAGUGUCCCCUGGCCUUAGAGACCUGGAUCAGAAAGAGCACCAGGCGUCACCUAGCAGGGCCACAUCUCCCUCCUGUGCUGCUCCCUCAGUUUCCCCUACGACUGUACCACCACGGGGCGUUGCAUCUGUCACCAACCCCCCUCCGCCACCAUCUAAACUUGGGAGAUGGAAUAGAAGGGCCUCAGACCCGAAACAAGGCUCUCUGGAGUGUCCCCCGGGGCCCGCUGCUGCACUUGGGGUUGCCACAGUCACCAGCCCAGCUAGCACCACCGGUUCCAGAAAGGACCAGGAGGAAGGAAGCCCCUCUCCACCAUCCUGUCCUGAAGGACAGAGGCACCUAGGGGCUGGUGCCAGCAGUGACUGGCCCGGAUCCUCUCCUCUGCUUGUUGGAAGUGACACAGAUUACCUCACUGUGCUCGAGGAGGCCGAAUCCCAGGGUGGUGGGAGCCACGCAGUGAGAGGGGGUGAAGGUACGGGACUAAGGACAGCAGACCAUGCCUGGAAGCCACCCUCUGUGCCCAACACCAGGACUUCCCCACCUGCUCCUUGCUCUGGACCUGGCUCUCCCAAGAUGGAGUCCUGUGCCCUGCACUGCCCUGGAGGGCAGUGUCAGGCUAUGGCACGGCCGGAGAGCCUGAGGGUUCCGGUGAGGCCUCUGAACGCCCCUGCCAGCUCUCAGACCUACGAGGUAGAGCUGGAGAUGCGGGCCUCCGGCCUGCCCAAGCUUCGGAUUAAGAAGGUGGACUCCAAUACACUGACUGAAGCUGAGGUCCCAGGAAAGGAGGGGAGCCCUGUGGGAGAAGAGGCCUCCCUCCCUGGUCUCAGCAUGCCCCGGGCCAGCAGGGCCACCAGCAAGCCCGAGGCUACCUACGUGUCACCCCCUUGCCUCCACUUCUUGCACAGCACACCUGGCAAGGGGCAGACCUACAUCUGCCAGUCCUGCACCCCAACCCACUGCCCACCCAGCACCCCCUCUCCGUUUCAGACAGAUGUUGGGGUUCCCUGGACACCAUCCCCCAAGCACAAUGGCAAGACCACUCCCGACUCCAUCAAAGACUGGCCCCGGAGGAAGAGAGCAGUGGACUGCAGCAACGGGCACCCCUCCGGGCGGGGUGAGGUGGGCGGGGACCCUCUCGGGGCCUUGCCACUGCCUGAGCCCCAGGCCCGGGAGCAGGCCCUUAAACUCAGCCUCCACAAGACUCCCAUCUCGGAGGACUUUGAGCUUGAGGGGGUAUGUCAGCUCCCAGACCAGUCCCCGCCUGGGGACAGUGUCCCCAAGGCUGAGGAAGCCUUCUCGUGGGGACAGUUCGGGUUGGGUUCCAGGAAGAGACAUUGGUCUCCCAAGGAAGAAGCAGAGUGUGGAGCCAAAAGAGUCUGUGAGGCCCCAAGGGAAGAUGCAGACAUGAGGAAGCACGAAAAGGGGGCCUCAGGGUGGACCGUGCCGCAGCUGCCCUCCACCGGAGACGACGAGGUGUUCGCUUCUGGCUGCACCCCACCUCCUGGCUGUGCUCUGCGGAGCUGCCUCUCAGCCAGCGGGCUGCAGGCUCUCACCCAGUCUCCGCUACUGCUCCCCGGGAAGGCAGCGUCCUCUGAGUGCCUGAACCCCACAGAUGAGAAUGCAGAUGUCUUUCCCUCCGCUGCAGAAGCAUCCACUUUCAGCCCGGCCAUCUCCCGGAGGCGCCCCUUCAGCAGGACGUACACACGGAAGAAGCUCAUUAGCUAGUUAGGCCGGGACCUGCCGGAGGACUGAGAGCCACCGGCACUGCCAGGCUGGGCAGAGGCACUGUGAGAGCGGCAGCUGUUCCCCACUUGUACCACCCAGGCUUCCCAGCAGGGCCCCGGGACAGGGGUAACUGGCACCAAAGGGGCCUGAGACCCUUCAGAAAGUGAAGCUGAAGUCAGCCUGGUCACCAUGGGCUCAAAGGAAUCAGAGACCUGACCCCAAGCCUUUUGCCAUGGUCAGCGUGCAGUUCCCACGAGAAUGCCUCUCAGUCUUCCGGUUCCUCUUCGGGACUCGCCCAUCACCCCAGCACCUCGCUCUGUAACCCGCCCAAGGCCCUGCCCCUGCCUGGCUGGGGAGGGGAGUUAGGUAGCAGUGCAGCGGCUGCUGUGAAUCAGGUGGCCCCGCAGUCGGGAAACUAGGCAAGGAUCUGGGUAAGGUGGGAUCCCAUUCCAGCAAUUCCCCAAACGACCAGUCAGGAGGCCACUGCCUCACUUGUGAAAAUGGGGAAGGAGCCCCUCAAGGGGUCCCUGGAGAAGCUGCUGUGAGGCUGGGAUGUGAGACACAAGUACUCUGUAAACCGUGAAGCCCUGUGCACAAAACUGGCAGGCAACAGAGUAAACGUGCGCGUACCCUGCGUGACCGUGAAAUCAUUUCCGGCUGCCUGGCCUUCGGUGCUUUUCUGUUUAAUGUUUCCUCCUAAGGUUACUGUGACUGGUCCAGCUCUAGCAGUUUCCAGAGCAGCCACGUUCUCAAGUCUGCCCUGAGACCAGCCAGCUUAUGCCACAGGCCGCCCUGUUCCUAGGGAGACCAUCACUUGGCACCACCCGGUAGCGGCCCUCCACGCAGCAGCCAGGCCUUAUGGUCUCAAAGGCCUCAAGCCUUUUGUGGUCCCAGAUCGGAUUCUUCCUACUGGCUUAUAAUCAGAUUCCAAGUGAAAACUCCCAACUCCCUACGGAGGUGUGUGAGCCCCCCGCUGCCAUGACAGAUGCCUGUGUCACUUCUAAGAGCUUGAUUUGUGCUAACAGUUUUGGAGGCUGCAACUCGUGGUCAGUGACUGCACUGUUCUGGGGCCUGUUCUGAGGUUCCCCCAUGGUGGGGAUCCCCUGGUAGAGUAAAACAGCACAUCGUGGCACCUGCAGGGGGUGUGCUGUUGGGAGCCGCUGAGGCUGGAAAGUAGUCCCGUGUGCAGGAGGAAGCCAGCCCGAGAGCAUGGGAGCUGCUCGAAGCAUGUAAACAAGCCAGUGCAACUUGUUCACACUGCUGGGCAGAGAGGCUGAAAUUAGUAUCAGCCUCUCGGGUAUGAAUAAACGCUCUACUGUUCUUUGAUAAUCCCCCUCUCCACUCAGGAGAGAGGACUUCCACCUGA